AUGUCUUCUUCGCGUUCUAGGCGUGUGGAGUACGACCGCUUCAUCCCGUUCCGGUCGGCGAUGGACAUGGACUACGCACGCUUUGCCCUAACCAGGCCUUCGAGACCGCAGCGUGAUGGUUCGAGGGAAUCCCCAUCGAGCGUGGCGUACCAAAAGCUUCUUGAUGACUGCAUUUUGAAGAACAGGUCUCGUAUCCUCGCUUUCAAGACUGCACCUGAAGCGCCGGCCAGCAAGCUGCCCGAGUUUGACGAGCCCAUUCGGCCGCAGAGGAAGCAGCAGAGGCGAAUCCCUAAAGAACCAGAGAGGGUAUUGGUAAUCCACGGCUUGUUGGAUGAUAAUGUUUUGAAUCUCCUCGACUGGGGAAGCAAUAAUGUGUUGGCGAUUGGCCUUGAGGACGCAGCGUAUCUCUGGGACGCUGCAAACGAGUCGACUAAGCUUCUACAACCCGUAGAAGACAGAGGACCUAUCACUUGCAUCCGCUGGUCGCCAGACUGUGCAGUUCUUGCUGUCGCAUUUGGCAAUUCAGAUUUAGCCCUGAUUGAUCCAGCAACAGGACAUGUCGUGGAUGGGAUGGAAGAUGAGAACCAGACCCCUGUGUUGUCACUUGCGUGGAGAAGUAAUUCAACGGUCGGAAGAUUUGAUGGCACUGUUGUUGAUUAUGACUUUAGAAAGGAUGACAUGUUCAUCUAUUUCUAUUAUGGGCAUCGGCGUGGAGUUUGUAGUCUUAAAUGGUCCGUGUUGUCAGGACGGUAUUUGGUGAGUGGAGGACAGGACAAACUAGUGCACAUAUGGGAUGCCUGCAUGCCUGUCUCACGUCACCAUCCACGUCAACAUCAAUGGCUUCACAGGAUCAGCAGCCACACUUCCAUUGUGAAGGCCGUUGACUAG